CAACAGCAUUUUCUUUACAGGUGUGAGUCUCGAAAUGUCCCGUUCACACAGCAGCUUACAGUUGUGUUUGGGAUACUGUCUAUAUGAACGUGCAACGGGAGUCAAGCCCGUAUUCCUCACCAACCAGUGACCACAGUAAAAUCAAAGAUGGCGCCGGCCAUAAAACUGGUAGUCUUAUCACUUUCUGACAGGACAAGAGUCCAAUUGAGCCGCGAGUUCAUCCGUCAAAUCUUCAUUAACUAAUGGCAGCUUUUAAAUUUGGGUUGAGAGCGGAGCAUUUGAAUCGCACGGAACUGACGGAAGCGGCUCCGGAGGAAAAUUGACGGGAUCUAAAAAUUUCAGAUGACACGCAGCUCAUUUCUCCGUCACUUGCCCUCACGAAAACAUAGCGCCUCCCACUGGAGACUCCAGAACAUCGCCCAGGAAUCUGUUGAAAGCUCUGACGACGAGUUUUUUGAUGCCCGGGAUGUUAUGGAAGGGAAGACAGCGUUACUUCUGGAAAUGAGCCAGUGGAACUCUAAUGACCUGGUGGAGCAGAUUGAAACACUGGGACACCUGGAGCACUCCAGAGAGAGCCUGUACAGGCUGCGGCACCCCCGAUGUGCACCACAGAGCAGUGUGGAUGGAUUGGAAGACAUGGAGAGGAAGUGCAGGACACAAUUGCUCAUCUUGGUGAUUCAUGGAGGUCAUAUCUUGGAUUCUGGAGGUGGCGACCCUGCAGGAAAGGCAGGUGACGCUGCCACUCUGGCGUCCGUGUUGGAGCGUGUGGCGCGGGCGCACUUCCAAGCAGCAGCAGACAGCAUGCUGGUCAGACUGGUGCCCUGCCCGCCCGUGUGUGCUGAUGCCUUCUCUUUGGUCUCAAAUUUGAAUCCAUACAGCUAUGAUGAAACCUGCGUGUCCAGCAGUGUGGAUCACUUGCCACUGGCUUCCCUUCCCAUCCUGGCCAUUGCCACCCCUCGUUACCAGAAUGCUGUAGCAGCGGUCAUUGCUCAGGCCAAUCAAGUUUACCAAAACUUUCUUCAGUCAGCAGAAGGUGUGGGCUUCACAGGACAGGUGUGCCUGGUGGCAGAUUGUGUUGGUGGGGUUCUUUGUUUUGACGCCUUGUGUUUCAGUGGCGACAAGCAACACAGAAGCCCUGAGGGUGGCAGCACGAACAACAGUACAGAGAGUCUAAAGGAAAAGCCAGGUGUGGUGAGCUCUCUGAGCCCCACUCUCCGAGCCAGCAAGCGCCUGAGUAAGAGCAACAUUGAUGUGUCAAUCCCAUGUGAUGCACUGUCUGGAGUCUGCCAUCCACUCAUACGUAAGCAAAGUGACUCGUGUGAUGCAGACGUGGCCAGUGGUCAGCGUGACGUUUUUAUCAGCAGUCUGUUGCAGGAUGACCAGUGUGGCUCCAGGCAGGCUCUCAAUCCAGGCUGCUUUGAGUUUGAAGUGUCAGAUUGCUUUCUGCUGGGAUGCCCACUGGGGCUGGUGCUAGCGAUGAGGAGAACUGUUUUACCUGCCGUUGAUGUGGCUCAGCUCCAGCCAGCUUGUUCUCAGAUUUUUAAUCUGUUCUACCCAUCGGACCCUUCUGCCUCACGUCUGGAACCUUUACUGCAUCCAAUUCUCACACAACUGCCCCCCUUUCCCGUUCCCCGUUACCAGCGGUACCCUCUGGGUGAUGGGCGCUCCAAUCUCAUGGUGGACACCGUGCUCAGUCAUUUCUCAGACAGCAGUGUUUCUGUAGAUGGACCCCCAGAGCAGUGCUGUGGAGGAAGUGUGUCACACAGGGGCAGCGAUCGAUUUGUUCCACUUGGCCCUGCCCACUCUGGCACUGAGCCUGUUAGCAUCUCACACAUAUGUAGCAGGUGGUGGGGGUUGAAGCGGUUAGAUUAUGUGCUGUUCUGUCCAGAUGUGCUCACUACAUUUCCCACUAUAGCACUGCCUCACCUUUUCCACGCAUCAUAUUGGGAGUCCACGGACGCUGUGGCUUUUAUUCUUAGACAGGUAAUGCGAUGCGACUGUCUGAAGGCUGGGGAAGGCAAUUGUUCGGAUGCUAUUCCCAUCUCUCCAUCCAGCCCCCGCGAGAAGUGGCUUCGCAGACGGACACAUGUCAAACUACGGAAUGUAACGGCGAAUCACAGAGUUCAUGAUGUGAUCGUGACAGAAGAUGGCCCGCAGACACUGGUGGGGCGGUUUAUGUAUGGCCCUCUUGACAUGGUGACCCUAACGGGAGAGAAGGUGGAUGUGUUUUUAAAGACACAGCCUGCCUCUGGUCGUUGGGUGCUGUAUGACACUGUGGUGACCAGCAGCAGCGGACGGGUGUCCUACAUCAUACCUGAUAAUAAAAGAAUCGGGGUGGGUGUCUACCCCAUCAAAAUGGUGGUCAAAGGUGAUCAGACAAGUGCAGAGGCAUUCCUCACAGUGUUGCCACGGGGAAUGGAGUGUGUGGUGUUUAGUAUUGAUGGCUCCUUUGCUGCCAGUGUUUCCCUUAUGGGCAGUGAUCCCAAAGUUCGCCCUGGAGCUGUGGAUGUGGUCAGACACUGGCAGGAUCUUGGGUAUCUGAUCAUCUACAUUACUGGCCGUCCUGACAUGCAGAAGCAGAGGGUGGUGUCUUGGCUCUCUCAGCACAACUUCCCUCAGGGCAUGGUCUUCUUCUCAGAAGGACUAGUCCAUGACCCCUUGCGUCAGAAAACCAUUUUUCUGAAGAGUCUAGUAAAAGAGUGUCACAUUAAGAUCAGUGCAGCGUAUGGCUCUAUGAAGGACAUGUCUGUGUACAGCACAUUGGGACUGGCACCCAAUCAGAUAUACAUUGUGGGCAGGCCAUCCAAGAAACAUCAGCAUCAGUGCCAGUUUCUUAGUGAAGGCUAUGCAGCUCACCUCUCCACUCUUGAGUUUGAACAUGGUUCACGCUCCAAAAAAACCCGAAUGGUGCUUCGUCAGGGAUCUUUUGGCCUUUCUUCCAAAACAGACUUCCUAUCUCCAUCCCCGGACUUCCUAUCCUGCAAGCGCACUCCGCUGCUGCGUCGAGCCAUGUCAGUUCAGCAGCCAUCACCGCCUUCAUCAUCUGUCUCCACCCCCAAACCGGAGCGUGCUCAGAGCCAGCCUGAAUCUCAUAAAGACGGACCAGAGAUUCGCAUCCAGACCGAUGAUCAAGAUGAAGAGGAGGAAGAGGAGGAAGAGGAGGGGAGAAUACAGGAUGUUGUACUGUAAAGGAACUCCAUGAGUUGUGGAGAAAAGCACAUGCAGAAGAAGUACAUUUUCAAACACAUCAAGAUCUCAUCUCAAACCAGAAGACCUUUUGUUCAUAUGAUCUGUAGACUCAAUAGAUGGGCUCCAUGGUAGACAAGACUGGAUGAGCCACAAGGAUUUGUAACUUACCUCCAAAACAAACAAUCACCCUGGUCUGAGACCAGCAACAUUAAAGACUGGACACUGAACACGUUAACAACACCCUGUGACUCUUAUAGAUGUCAUAAUUGAGACAAGGACAGAAGUAUGACAGAGAGCAGUCAUAGAAUGUAGUGUCAGGGUUAUCUUUUAUUUACUUUUAUUUCAUGUGUGGCAAAGGUUUCUACAGACUCCUGUAAUGGUAUUUUGUGAAGGUAACCAUGGACAUGAGCACCUGAACUGCAUCUAUUUAUAGCAGUCCUCCAAUCUGAGGCUUUGUGUUCUUUACGAUUUUUUGGUGACCCACACAUUUCUCAGAAGACCCUUUGUUUUCUCGCUGAUUUUAAUUAGCUGUAAGGUAAAAGAAGCUUAGAUGAAGAAUGGACAUCACCAGGAACAUUCCAACUGCCAUUAUAAUAUAUAUCGUUUUUUGGACUCAUGUUUUGCUGAACCCAGAUUCUUUUUUGUCAAAAUGUUGCUGCAUACCCAUUCAUUAUGUAAAUACUAUAGCUCUAGUGUUCAUCUACGGUGUCGUAUGUGCUAACAGAUUAUGUGCUGACAGUCUUUAAACAUGUCCUGCUGUGGUUUGACAUCUGUGGCAUUUUCAGAAAGAAUCUGUUCUGUGAAUAUGACUGUAUUGCACAAAAACUGUAUAUAAUUGUAUACAUGUUUUUCUUAGUGAUAUUAGAUGUUAUAAAACUA